CUGGAAUCCAUUGCCUUUAUUACCCUUUCAAGCUUGACUGACAAAACUUGAGGUUCACAAGACUUGCAGAGCUGCAGAAGGCUGCUAGAUAAAUUUCAGCCAACUUUCUCUUCCAAUGCCUCAAAAAAUGUUGAACCUUUGGUGCAUCUUCCAUCUGUUCUUUCUUCAUUUCGCCUUCAAUGUGGCUGGUCAUGAACCAGCAGUGGGAGUGAUGGCUAUUACUAUUCAGGAUUCAAGUCCGGUGGCUCUACAAGCCUUUGCCGGCACCGGUGUACCUGUAGCAGUUUCAGUUCCGGCGGAAAGCCUCAAUGCGGUGUCAAGAAGCGUUCUUGAAGCUGAAAACUGGGUCAGAACCCAUGUUCUUGCUCACUAUCCAUCCACCAACAUCACCGCCAUUGUUGCUGGUCACGGUUUCUUCUGCCAGAAUCCCGAAGAAGAAGAAAGAGAAGGGCUGUUACCCCUGAUUUUACCAUCCAUGAAGAACAUACACUACUCUCUUACCAGGUGGGGUUUGGAUGGAGAAAUCAAAGUCUCCACUUCUUUCUCCAAAAACUGUGUCCACCUAUCAUCCGAAAACACCUAUAGAUUCGUAUCGCCGGAGAUAUUUCAUGUUAUCCCUGUUCUCGAGUUUCUCCGGCGAGUAGAUUCGCCGUACUUAGUGACCCCACCUUCAGACACCCCCGUUUCAGAAUCCAUCAAGAAUAUAGGGUUCCAGAAUCUAACCAAGAUCCAUCUCAUCCCUGAGAUCGGUCCCCAGAAACCCACAACCAGAAAGCUCGCUUACUACCCGAUUGCUCUCCCGCCGCUAGUCGGAAGAGUUAACCCACCGCCUUUUUCUGUUCCGGUUUCCCCAUCAUAUGGGCCACAUUUGCCACCCUGCAGCCCAUCUGGGGAAGUUCCAGGCCCAGCCCCGUCGGGUGGGGUUCUUGGUGGGCUUUGGUGCGUGGCAAAGCCCAAUGUGCCAGAGGAGACUCUGAAGGAGGCUCUGGACUAUGCUUGUGGAGAAGGAGGAGCAGAUUGUGCAGAGAUUCAACCUCAGGGAAGGUGUUAUAAUCCAAACACCAUUGUUGCGCAUGCUUCUUAUGCCUUCAACAGCUAUUGGCAGAGGAAGAAGAUGACUGGUGGGACUUGUGGAUUUCAUGGAACUGCCAUGCUCAUCAACUCUGAUCCAAGUUAUCGUCAUUGCCGGUUCACAGUUGCUUAGUAGAUUGAGUUGAGAUGGAGAGGGAAGUGAGAAGAAGUUGUUUGGUUGCCACUAUGUUUUUGCACUCCAUUAGUCAUGUAUGCCAUUGGGACAUUCUAUUAUAUGCACGAGAAUGUACUCGUGUUAUAAUUCUCCCUAUUCAUUGCAUAUUUUGCUAAAAUUCAAUUGACACCGCGUACAUUUCAUUAAGAAUGGACUUCCAGG